AUGGUCUUCCGCGCUUGGCAGAUUUCGCACGUCCUUUUCGCUAGUGAAAGCAGCGUUGUCGCGUUUGAUUCGUCGGGUUGUCAACCCUCUUGGCUGCUGUUGCAGGCGAGGUCUGACAAAAUUGACCUCCACUCUAGUUGCGCAAGCAACGAUCCCCUCACCCUCAGCCUUACCAUCCCGGGUGCGCUCGACAAGAUCCUUGUCGCCGCUGAACCACUUUUUUCAUCGGAUCCAUCGUCACCUAAACCUCCUAACUCUGAUUCAGAAUCUGAUUCAGAGGAGCGAAUAACUCCAGCGACCGACGAAGUCUUCGGGGAUUGCAAGAGUAAGGGGUGUCUGCUUGAGUGGGCGAUGCACCACGCUGACGGCGAUGCCGCCAUUCACUUUGUACCUCCCCGCGUGAAAGCACAGUCACCCUUCCAGACUGCUCAAGACCUCGAGAAUUGGAACUGGUAUCAGUUUCCUCCAGAGCGAAUUCAUGAAGAUUAUCACGACCUGGACAACGAGUAUUGGGGUCUCCAGAAAGUAUUCGAUGAUCUUGUGAUUUCCCGGUACACGAAUUUCAACGAGGAAAAGGGUCCUAAUGCAGUCGUCAGUAUCGUGCAUGAAGACCCAACUGACGACGAAGACGUCGACGACCAAAUGUACGUUGUCGACGGCGAGGAGGGCAAAGAGUAUCGGUGCACAGGUAUGAACCGCAAGGGCCCUAUGCAGGCAGGCCAGGAACGAGUUCCACGCCUGACACGAGAUGACAUGCCAAAACUCCACCAAUUCUCCGACGUAGGUUGGAUUACAUGGAAGACAUUCGCCGGGCAUAAUGGGGAUAAUAUCAGAGGUCUUCGGUAUUUCAUAUCAGUCGCUAUUACUAAUCCACAAACCCGAUCAGUGUGUCGGAAAGUAUUCCUUGAUAAGAAUCUGGUACUGACAGGGUGGCCGGGAGAAGCUUUUCUAUCCGGCACGGAUGAGUUUCAUGCCAUUUUGGGUACUCCGAACAUGCGAGGCUAUGGGUACAUGCUGAUUCAGCAUAAAGCAGAUCUGGGCAACAUGUACGUCAACGCAGUUCGCGUCUUCAAGUGUGAAGGAAAAGGAAGUCUUUGCAUUCUCGCAUAUGCAUACCAGGAGGCACCGGCCGAACCAGUGGACGUACCAAUGGACCAAUCAAUGGUCACGUCAGGUGAGAUCAGCAGACGUGAUGAAGGAAGUAACGUUAUGCGUCUACACAUGAUCUUCGCUAAGCUGUGA